AACCAACUUUGAAAUCGUUCAUCCUUCUUUCUUCUAAAUAUAAUAAUUGCAAAUAUAUAUUUCACAAUUCAUUCGCAUACAUAGAAAACAACAUUCUUUUAAGGGCUUUGACGGAUAAUUAAUUACACCGCCUCGCCUGAGCAACUUCUUCUUCUUCAUCGUUUCAUUAUAACUCACCUAGCGGCCCCUUUUUUCACACAGGUGUUGAUUGGGAGCUGCUAAAUAAAUAAAAAUGUUUGAAGGAGAAGAUUCUCAGAAGAAGAGGAGAAUCGCCAUUAUUGGCGUCUCAACCAUUCUAUUAGUAGCCAUGGUUGUGGCAGCCACAGUAAGCGUCGGCUUCGGCAAAAACGUGGAAGCAGAGGAUGCUUCUAAAGAUUCUCACAUUUCUUCAUCCGUUAAAGCCGUUCAAACCAUUUGCGAACCAACCGAUUACAGAAAAGAAUGUGAGGAAAGUCUAACAGCACAAGCCGGUAACAUAACAGAUCCAAGAGAACUCGUCAAAAUCGCAUUCAACAUUACCAUCACCAAAAUCAGCGACGGACUUUCAAAAACACAACUCCUUCACGAGGUUGAAAGUGACGAAAGAACUAAGGAAGCACUUGACACGUGUAAACAACUCAUGAACCUUUCUAUUGAUGAAUUCAAAAGAUCAUUAGAAAAGUUUAGUAAUUUUGACCUUAAUAACCUCGACAGAGUGCUCACAAGUUUAAAGGUUUGGUUAAGUGGGGCCAUUACAUAUCAAGAAACUUGUUUAGAUGCAUUUGAAAAUACCACUACCAAUGCUGGUGAAAAAAUGAAAGAGAUUUUGCAAACCGCUAUGCAUAUGAGUAGUAACGGUCUUUCAAUAAUUAACGAACUUUCAAAAACAUUCACUGAGAUGAAACCUGCGGGUCGUAGACUAUUGAAGGAUGAUGGAGAAUUGCAUGUUGUUGGUCGUGGUGAUUUUGAGUUUCCUGAAUGGGUUGAUGACCGUGUUGGUGUUAGAAAAUUGCUUAAAAUGACUGGAAGAAAACUUCAAGCUCAUGUUGUUGUUGCUAAAGAUGGAACUGGAAAUUUCACUACAAUUAAUGAGGCUCUUAAGCAUGUUCCCAAGAAAAACUUGAGACCUUUUGUUAUUUAUAUCAAGGAGGGUAUUUAUAAUGAGUAUGUUGAAGUUUCUAGAAACAUGACUCAUGUUGUUUUUAUUGGUGAUGGUGGUAGGAAGUCACGUAUCACUGGUAACAAAAACUUCAUCGAUGGUGUUGGUACUUACAGAACCGCCACUGUUGCUAUUCUUGGAGAUUUCUUCGUUGGUAUUGGUAUUGGAUUUGAAAACUCUGCUGGUCCUGAAAAGCAUCAAGCAGUUGCAUUGAGAGUCCAAGCUGACAGAUCAAUCUUCUACAAAUGCAGAAUGGACGGAUACCAAGACACACUUUACGCACACACCAUGCGUCAAUUCUACCGCGAUUGUGUUAUCACAGGUACCAUUGACUUUGUCUUCGGCGAUUCCGUUGCAGUUCUCCAAAACUGCACUUUCGUCGUAAGAAAGCCAUUGGAAAACCAACAGUGCAUUGUGACCGCACAAGGUAGAAAAGAAAGAAACCAACCAUCAGGAUUAAUCAUCCAAGGAGGUUCAAUUGUAUCAGAUCCUAAAUACUUUCCAGUUAGAUUCGACAACAAGGCCUAUUUGGCUCGUCCAUGGAAAAAUUUCUCAAGAACAAUUUUCAUGGAUACUUACAUUGGUGAUUUAAUCACACCUGAUGGUUAUAUGCCAUGGCAAACAAUUGAAGGUAUUACAGGAACUGAAACUUGUUACUAUGCUGAGUACAAUAACCGUGGACCUGGUUCUGAUAUUACCAAGCGUGUUAAAUGGGAAGGUGUUAAAACAAUUACAUCAGAAGGAGCAAAUACUUUCUUGCCAACAGCUUUCUUCCAUGGAGAUGAUUGGAUUAGAGUUACUAGGGUUCCUUAUUAUCCUGGUGGGGCUGCUCCUAGUAGAACCCGGACUCAUUGAAAUUAAUUCAUUUUUAAUUAAGUGAGUGAAUUUUUUAAUGUGUGUGUGCAUGUUGCAAAGAAUACCUCAAUUGUUAUUGCAAUGUCUAUGUAAUGUCAUUUUCAGACAAUUCACAAACUGCAGGUGAUUUAGCUUAUAUUAAUUCUCUUGCAGGAUGUUGUUUAGAUUCACUACUACCUAACUAUCAUCUAUUUUUUCGUUAUUUUCAUUUUGUAAGUUGUGUUGUGGACUAUCUUAGUCCCUUGUUAUAACUACAUUUGUUCCCUGUUAUCGGUA